ACGUGCGGCCGGUUAGAGGAAUCUCCGGUCAUCGGUGGCACAAUGGUUAUUGUAACCUAAAGCUGUGGGUGUUUAUUUAUCUUAAUCUGCGCCAGUCAGUGCUCUGUCUAUAUAGUCGGGAUCCUCCUUCCAUCUCGAAUCACUUCGACGGCGAAGAAGAGGCAGAAGCAUAAAAUGAGCGGUGGAACAGGGUCUCCGUUGCCCAAGCUCGAGGUCGAAGGCGUCGUCUUCCCUCCGGUGGUCGCGCCACCCGGUUCCACGAAGGCCCACUUCCUCGGUGGCGCAGGUGUUCGGGGCCUGGAGAUCGAAGGCAGGUUCGUCGCCUUCACGGCCAUCGGCGUCUACCUCGAGGAUGCUGCGGUGCAGUCGCUUGCCAGCAAGUGGAAGGGGAAGAGUGCCGACGAGCUCGAUGGCGCCGUCGAAUUUUUCCGAGACAUCUUCGGAGGUCCAUUUGAGAAAUUCACGAGAGUGACGCUGCUGAAGCCACUGACCGGGCAGCAGUACGCGGAGAAGGUGUCAGAGAACUGCGCUGCACAGUGGAAGGCGGCCGGAGUCUACGCCGAAGCAGAUGGCGCGGCCUUGGAGCAGUUCAAAGAGGCUUUCAGGGCCGAGACCUUCCCUCCCGGCUCCUCCAUUCUCUUCACUCAUGCCCCUUCUGACUCUCUCCUUAUCGCAUUCUCCAAGGACGGGUCGAUGCCGGAGGCAGGGAUCGCCAUGAUACAGAACCAACCUCUCAGCCAGGCGAUUUUGGAGUCCAUCAUCGGUGAGCAUGGCGUCUCCCCUGGAGCGAAAAGGAGCCUGGCACUGCGGUUCUCGGAGCUCCUGAAGCAACACUGCGAGGCAGAAGAGACCAAGCUGGUGAAUCCUGUAGCUGUUAUCGUCUGAGCGAGUCUGAUCGUCUAAAAGGAGUCAGUCCUGCAUGAGUGGCAGUGAUGGCCUCAUGUCUGAGGCCAUGCUUGAGUUCUCUUUACAUUUCUUUCAGAAAGUAGAACUUCAUUAAGUAAUAAAGAACACUAGUCUACCUAUGUGUACGGUUCAUACCCAGAGAAAUCAAAAGCGUGUACUCGUUUUCUUUGAGCAAAA